GUUUUUCCUUUCUUAAAUCUUAUUAUCAACCUUUUCAUAAGCGCUCUCUCUCUCUCUUUCUCUCUCUCUUCAUUUCUGCCUCUCUUCAAAAUUUGAAUUCUCUCCUCCCCAUGUUUCGCAUUUCGCGAAAAAUUUCAGCCUGAAAAUUACACAGCUCUCCGUUCCUGGAUUGGAUCUGGGUUUCGUGGCUUUGAUUGGGUUUUUUCCUUGCUUCUGUUUCUGGAUUGGAUCCGUAAUCAGGGUUUCUGGGUUUCUGCUUUGGAACCGGAGGAGAUGGAGAGCACAGAGUGCGUCCGAGUUGCUGUGAACAUCCGUCCCUUGAUUACGCCGGAGCUUAUUAACGGAUGUACCGAUUGCAUCACGGUUGCUGAGCCACAGGUUCAUAUAGGUUCGCAUACUUUUACAUACGAUUACGUGUUUGGAAAUGCUGGCCACCCAUGCUCGGAGAUCUACGAUCACUGUGUGGCUCCACUUGUUGACGCUCUAUUUAAGGGAUAUAAUGCUACAGUUCUUGCUUAUGGCCAGACCGGAUCAGGUAAAACAUACACCAUGGGUACUAAUUAUAGUGGAGAUGGAACAAAUGGUGGCAUUAUACCAAGAGUGAUGGACGAUAUAUUCAAAAGAGUGGAGACAACCAAAGAUUCAACCGAACUACUGAUACGUGUAUCUUUUAUUGAGGUAAGAGCAUCUAUUGAAAUUUUUAUUUAUUUGAGAUCUCAUUUGUCUAUAUCGAUUCUAAUGAUUACUUCCAACAUGCAGAUUUUCAAGGAAGAAGUUCUGGAUUUGCUUGACUCAGCCCUCCUGAAAAAUGAUGGUGGGGUUCAGACAAAGCACAUUGCCCUCUCAAGAGUACCAAUUCAAAUCCGAGAAGCUACAGGUGGAGGAAUAACUCUGGCUGGUGUAACCGAGGCGGAAGUGAAGACGAAGGAGGAGAUGUGUUCGUAUCUAGCACGAGGCUCUAUGUCUCGUGCCACUGCCAGCACAAACAUGAAUAGCCAAUCAAGUCGGUCUCAUGCAAUCUUCACAAUCACUCUGGAACAAAAGAGAAUUUCCAGCUGUCCUUCCACAACGACUGAAGAUGCUGGUGAAGAUAUACUAUGUGCAAAGCUUCAUCUGGUUGACCUAGCAGGGUCAGAACGUGCAAAACGUACAGGAGCCGAUGGGAUGCGCUUUAAAGAAGGAGUCCACAUCAACAAAGGCCUACUAGCGCUGGGAAAUGUAAUCAGUGCAUUAGGAGAUGAGAGAAAGAGAAAGGAAGGAGGUCACGUUCCUUACCGUGACAGCAAGUUAACUCGUCUGCUUCAGGAUUCCCUGGGUGGAAAUAGCAAAACCGUGAUGAUUGCUUGUGUAAGUCCAGCUGAUACAAAUGCUGAGGAGACAUUAAACACACUGAAAUAUGCAAAUCGUGCACGGAAUAUUCAAAACAAAGCAGUGAUCAAUCGAGACCCAGGAGCCGUACAAAUGCAAAGAAUGCGGAGUCAAAUUGAGCAGCUUCAGACAGAACUCUUGUUCUAUCGUGGUGACAGUGGUGCUUUUGAUGAGCUCCAGAUUCUCAAGCAUAAAAUAUCACUGCUUGAGGCAAGCAAUCGUGAGCUACAAAAUGAACUUCAAGGACGGAGAGUCACCUGUGAGCAAUUAUCAAAGCGUGCUUAUGAUGCUCAGGUUGAAAAGGACAAACUUUUAAUGACAAUUGAAUCUGUUCGCAAUGGCAAAUCCUUGGAUGAGAUUGAAUCCUGUCAAAAUGAGGAUGUUGGCUUGAUAACCAAAUACGUUUCGAAAAUUCAAGAGCUAGAAGGAGAGCUGUUGCAUAUCAAAAGCUUGAAGAAACCCAGUAAUUGCCAAUAUUCUGAGUCUAUUGAAUCCGAUGACGAUGGGCCUCGUUCUAGUAAUGUUUUGUUCCCCUCAUCUAAUGAGUCUCCGGAAUGUGAAGACAAAGCGACUGAUGUCACGGAUGAGAUUGAAUUUCAAGAAAAAGAACUUGAACAUUGCUCACUUCAAGAAAAGUUGGACAUGGAGCUAAAGGAAUUGGACAAGAGACUUGAAGAAAAGGAGGCUGAAAUGAAGCGGUAUUCAAGUGGUGGUACGUCUGUUCUCAAACAACAUUAUGAGAAAAAGGUUCAUGAACUAGAACAGGAAAAGAGAGCUUUGCAGAGAGAGAUUGAAGGUUUGAGACAGAACCUUGCUAGCAUACCAUCUGCUCCAGGCGAUGGUGCCCAGAAACUGAAGGAAGAAUAUCUUCAGAAACUGAACACGCUUGAAACCCAGGUUUCCGAGUUGAAGAAAAAACAAGAUGCACAAGCUCAACUCUUGAGGCAAAAGCAGAAAAGUGACGACGCAGCAAGAAAACUGCAAGAUGAAAUACACAGAAUUAAAACCCAGAAGGUGCAAUUGCAGCAAAAGAUUAAGCAAGAGUCAGAACAAUUCAGAGCUUGGAAGGCUUCAAGAGAGAAGGAAGUCAUGCAGCUCAAAAAAGAGGGAAGGAGAAAUGAAUAUGAGAUGCACAAACUCAUGGCCUUGAAUCAAAAACAGAAGCUGGUUUUGCAAAGAAAGACAGAAGAGGCAUCUCAGGCGACAAAAAGACUCAAGGAGCUUUUAGAAACUCGAAAGGCGUCUUCACGUGAGACACUGAGUGGGGCAGGUGUUAAUGGUCCAGGAACUCAGGCAUUGAUGCAAGCAAUUGAGCAUGAGAUUGAAGUUACUGUUCGGGUUCACGAAGUGCGUUCUGAAUACGAGAGGCAAAUGGAAGAGAGAGCAAGAAUGGCUAAGGAAGUUGCAAGGCUAAGGGAAGAAAACGAGUUGAUUAAGAAUGCCAAGAUAAGCGUUCAUAAUGAUACCAUGUCUCCGGGUGCAAGAAACUCAAGAAUAUUUGCUUUGGAGAAUAUGCUUGCGACAUCUUCAAACACUCUUGUUUCCAUGGCAUCACAAUUAUCUGAAGCAGAGGAACGCGAGCGUGUGUUUGGUGGAAGAGGAAGGUGGAACCAAGUUCGAACAUUAGGCGACGCGAAGAGUAUCAUGAACUAUCUGUUCAAUUUGGCAUCAACCGCGAGGUGUCUAGCUCGAGAUAAAGAGGCCGACUGCAGAGAAAAGGAUGUCGUUAUAAGAGACUUGAAAGAAAAAAUAGUAAAGUUCAGUAGUUUUGUUAGAUACUUGGAGAUCCAAAAAGCAGACCUCGUUCACCAGGUGAAGGCACAGGCAUCCGCACUUGAGAAAUGGGCUGCAGGGGAGAGCCUAAACAACGAGCAUGGGUUAAAAAAGCAGGAAGCUCGUGGCUCGGUUAUUGUUCUCGAGGACAUGGAUACCUCUGAUUCUGAAGAGUCGGACCAUGAAAGGGAAGAUCCAGAUCUUGAUGAUGAAUGGAAACCUGAACAAGAAUCAGAGCGUGACUCGGAACAGGAGUCGGUUCGAAAGAUGAGUAGGAAACGGAACUUCAAAGUGGGAAGACGUCGCUCUAGCGUGUUGCCAAGGCGUUCAUUUGAAGAGAACUCGGAAGCUCCUUCAGAUGAUGCAGUGAAAUUCACAUCAUCAUCUGACGUGUGUUGCAGUUGCAGUAGGAGCUCGUCUUGCAAGACGAUGAAGUGUCAGUGUCGAGCUAGUAAGGGAUCUUGUGGUCCCUCAUGCGCCUGUUCUGCAGUCAAAUGCUCCAACAGAAACGCAGACGGAAAGCAGAACAACUCCACCUCGGAACAAGAGGUGUUUGAGAACAGUGAGAACUCGCAAGAUUCUGAUGAGAAGGACAAAGACCAACAACGGCAGUUCCUUGCUUCACGUGGAGCUAUGCUGCUGCAGAAUGCUCUUGCUGACAAGCCAGUGGAGGAAACUAAUGAUAAUGAAGGAACCAGAAGGAAAAGAAAACCUCUAUCAGACAUAGGAAACACAACGGGUAAAUCGAAUGUGCCAAAGCCAAGCCAAAGAAAGAAAUGGAAGAAGCCUGUGCUUCAGAUUGUUGUAGCUCCAACACCAACACCAACACCGCCAGCUUCAUCUCAGGAAGAAGCUAAUUCGGCGAAUUUGGACUUGGACGCAGCGAGAAAGCCGGAAAAUAGCGACUCGGGAGAGGCAAACAACAUUAAACUGAAGCUACCAAGGGCGAUGAGGUCAGCGUCUUCCAAUGGCAGCAACUUGCUGAGAGAAAGAAACGCUGAUCAAAGCGGUGGAGAAUCAGUCGGUAGUAGUGGCUUUGUGCAGAGCAAUUCGGGUAGGGCAAGUGGAAGUAGAACUUCAGAUGAAAAGGAGAACCACACUCGUCGGAUCUAAACCAGGAAAACAAGAGACGUCGCUUGAGUAGCAAGGAAAGAUGGAUUUGGAUCUUUUCCUCAUUAUCCGAUGAUCUUUGGAACUUUUGGGUUUUUCGUGUUAGUCUUUUCUGUAACACAGAAUAUGUGAAUUUUUAGAGUUCUAAAGACCCAGACCAAUCGAGGAUUUGUCUUUUGUUUCUGAUGAUAAGAAAAAACAAAACAUAUUUCAGGGUUGUGAAUUCAGAUUUUGAUUGGGAGUCCUCUCAGACAAGUUCAAAGAAACAACAGUAUAACGUUGGUUCUCGGUUUUCCG